AUGAAAAUAACACCACAAUUUCCACAAGUAAAUAUGCUAUUGGUAUCGAAAAAUUCAAGAAAACAAAGACGUAAAGCAAAUAAUUUUCUAAUGCCUGGCUUAAAUUGUAUUGAUUAUGGUCGAAUUAAUGAAAUUAAUACAUUUUAUUUAUUAUGUCAAGAUCAACGUGAUUGGUAUCGUGAUCCAUAUAACAAAUUACAGCCAAUAAGUUUUUUUCAAAGAGCUACCCCAAAACAUGGUGAAAUUAAAAGUCCAAAUACAAUUUAUUGUGAACAACCAAAACAUUGGGUUAUUGAAUCACAACCGGCUGUAUAUCCAUUACCCGAUUAUAUUAAAAAUUCCAUUUUACCUAUAACAUUACGAGGACAAUAUGAUGCAAUGCCAUAUGUGAUGUCAUCAUUAUGUAAAAAUCAUUUUCUUCAACAAUUAUAUCGUAAAAUUGAUGGAGCUGUAUUAUUAUCCCAAAAUGAAAGGAAUUUAGAUUGCAUGAUUACAUUUCAAACGCAUUCAAUAUUACAACGUUUUAUGUUACGAUUUGAUUUAUUACAAUUGGAUUGUAAUGAUCAUUUAUAUGUUUAUGAUGGUGCCCAUGCUGUUGGUUCACAUAAGGCCGAUUUAUCAUGCCGUAAUACAAAACAAUCAGUUGGGUCAAUUUUCACACGAACAAAUUUCGUAACAUUAAAAUAUGUCACCGAUAAUUGGGGUACUGAUGCAAAUGGUUUCAAGUUAGUUAUAACAGCAGUCAAGGAUUCAAAACAUUCUUGUAAAGAUUUUCGUUGUGAAUAUCGUGAUUUUUGUAUUCAUCCAGAUUUAGUUUGCGAUAAUGUUAAUCAUUGUGGCGAUAAUUCUGAUGAAUCAGCUAGCAAUUUAUGCCAAAAUCAAGAACAAACAACGCUACUUGGUCUUGAAUUAACUUGGUUUGUUUUAAUUGCUGUCAGUAGUUUAUUAGUUAUAUGCGCAUGUAUAGUUGGUUGGACAAUUUGUUUAUGUCGACGAACACCAAGAAAUCAAAAUCAGAAUUCAAUACAACUUCGACAUACAGCCGAAACAAAUGGUUCAUCGAAACAUUUACAUGGAACAUUACCACGUGAACAUACAGCACUGCCACCGAUUUCGGGAAACUUGUAUCACCCUGCGGGACCAUUAGGGUACCUCCGCAUUCAACACAAAUUAUUGAUGAUGGCCAAAGUCCGUCCCAUUUGGUAUCUAAUAAAUUUAGGCAAUUAGGUCCUGAUUUAUCACAAACAACAACAACAACAACAGCAUCAGCUAAUUCGAAUGCUCAAAAAGAUGAAUGGUUCGUUUAAUUUGAAGUUUAUUGAGAUAUAGAAAAAUAAAUGCAUACAUACAUAAUAUAUAUGAACGGAGAAAAAAAAUAUAUAUGAUUAAUUAAAAUUUACCAAUAAAUUUAAAAAAAAAAAUUAUUAUAUACUUUCCAUAUAUAAUAUUUUUGUCAUAAUAACAUAAUAUUAAAAUUAUAUUAAUGAAGACGUAAAUAAUAUACUCAAAAAAAAAGACUUAAAUUAAUAUUUCUUUAUCAAUUAAAUUAUACUCAAAAGUACGAUACUUACUUAUAAGAAAUAAAAUUAAUUAAUCGGAAAUUUUAAAAGAAAUCUGAGAUAAUUACAGUUUCACAGUUAAAAAAAAUAUUUAAAG